CUUGCUUGGUCAUUACCAUACAUAUGUUCCAAGGAAUGAAUUCUUGAUUCCAGUCUAAGACCUCUUGUAUACUUUCUAUAAGUACUCUUUUGCUGCAAUGAAUCUGAAGUUCUGAACAUGGGUCCAAGCAUUCAUUUUGCAUGCAGGUUAUGUUAGGUUUAAGCAUUUCCCUAGAUUGUAGAAGAAACAACAAACCCUUCUAAUUCUUUUUUUCCUGGAUAAAUGAUGGAAUGCUUAAUAAAUUUGGAUCUUGCUCCUGGGCAUGAACAUAAAGGGUGAAUGCCUCUGGAUACUCGGAAAUUGGUUUUGGCUCGUGGGGUUAGGUUAGUUGCCUGUAGAUUUUACUAGCUAGAGCGAGUCCAAAGGACUCUUCUUUAAAAAGGUUCCUUACUUUAUUAAAAAAAAAAAAAAAUUGCUUGUAUUUGUGCUUUGAAGUUGCCGGACUUUUGCAAUUCAUGAGGUUAUAAAAUGAAACCAUGCUAAUAAGAAGAGACAGCCUUUAAGGAAAAAUGAUUGAAAUUUAUAUUGUUGUGGUUACCAAAAAAAGUUACUUGUUUUAUGUAGCUGUUCAAAUUAUAUGAAUGAUGUGGUUUUCCCUUUGGAUGAGCGCUAUUGGGGUAUUUUCCUCUUUCUUUAGGUCUUAGCAUUUUUCUUACUUCUUUUUUUUCUUCACUGCAUAUUCUUUGUAUACAUUACUAACCAUGUAAUAGAUCAGUAUGGCUGUGCCUUUUCCAAUUUUUGAACAAAAUCAUUUUAUUACUAUUGAAAAAUGUUUUCUUUUUGGUAUACUCUUGCGUGUAAUAAGUAUCUUUUCAUUUCACGUAAAUUGAAAUUUGCGCGUAUAUUUUUAGUGUGGGAACUUGGCUUACUGUGGUUGCAUUGAUGCACAUUCGGAUCAUGAUUGUUAUGCUAUAUAUGAUGAAAGUUGAUACAUAGAAGUUCAAGGACUUUGAUCAGGUACAUAUGUCAAUAGUUUGAUUUCCAAAAGAAAAUAGAAGUAAAAUUUUCUCCAUGGGGAUAGAUCUUGAGCAGCCUUCAGGAGAAUGCCAUAAGGAAGACAGUAGGUCAAGUGUGAAUGUUAAUAUGGUGCAUGGUGGUGAUGAAGUGCAUGAUAGAGACAGAUUGAUCAUAAAAUCUCCUAAUGUAGCUGAUAAGGAAAAUACAGGACCAAAUGUAAAUAGUAGAAUAUCAGAUAGUAGAAACAAGGGGAAUGCUGGAGAGGAUAUUAACUUAAAUUCUUUCAAAAGUUUAGAGCCUCAUGAUGGAAUGGAAUUUGAAUCAAAGGAGGAAGCCUUUUCAUUCUAUAGAGAAUAUGCGAAGUCUGUGGGAUUUGCUGUUGUAAUAAAGGCCAGCCGUCGUUCCAGAAUAUCCGGAAAAUUUAUUGAUGCGAAAUUUGCAUGUACUAGAUAUGGAAGCAAGCGGGAACGUAAAGCAGAUGAAACUAUGGAACCUGAUUCAAAUAUAGAAAGCACAAUGAACAUUCCUGUAAAGAGGAGACGAGGUAGGAUUAAUCUAUCAUGGUCAAAAACAGAUUGCAAGGCUUGCAUGCAUGUUAAAACUAGGCAAGAUGGUUUAUGGAUUAUCUCUAGUUUCAUAAAGGAGCAUAAUCAUGAAAUUUUUCCAGAUCAAGCCUAUUACUUUCGGGGUCAUCGGAAUUUAGAUCUAGGUAGUAGUAAUGUUGAUGCCUUGCAUGCUAUUCGGGCAAGAACAAAAAAGAUGUUUGCUACAAUGUCUAGACAAUCUGGUGGCUAUAAGAAAGUUGACAAGCAGAAAGGUGGAAUCGCAAAUCAAUUAGAUAGUGGAAAGCAUCUGGCUUUAGAAGAAGGAGAUGCUCAAGUUAUGCUUGACCAUUUCAUGUAUAUGCAAGAUGAGAAUCCUAAUUUCUUUUAUGCGAUAGAUCUAAAUGAAGAGCAGCGGCUGAGAAACGUUUUCUGGGUCGAUGCAAAAGGUAGGCUUGAUUAUGGAAGUUUUGGCGAUGUAAUUUUUUUUGACACCACACAUAUCAAGAAUGAAUAUAAAUUGCCGUUUGCUCCCUUUAUUGGUGUGAACCAUCAUUUUCAUUUCCUUUUGCUUGGAUGUGCAUUGUUGUCUGAAGAGACUAAACCAACAUAUGUUUGGUUGAUGCGGGCUUGGCUCAGAGCAAUGGGUGGACAUGCUCCAAGAGUGAUACUUACUGACCAAGACAAAGCCUUGAAAGAAGCUAUUGCAGAGGUAUUUCCCGAUUCUCGUCAUUGUUUUUGUUUGUGGCAUAUACUGAGCAAAAUUCCUGAGAAGCUCAGUUAUGUAAUAAGGCAACAUGAAAACUUUAUGGCAAAAUUUAACAAAUGCAUUUUUAAGUCUUGGACAACUGAACAGUUUGAAAGGAGAUGGUGGAAAAUGGUUGAUAGAUUCAAUUUAAGAAAUGACUUAUGGUUCCAAUCUUUGUAUGAAGAACGUGAACAAUGGGCACCUACAUAUAUGAAAGAUGUUUUUUUGGCAGGGAUGUCUACAAUCCAACGAUUGGAAGGAAUGAACUGUUUGUUUGACAAAUACAUGCAAAGGAAAACUACAUUGAAGGAGUUCUUAGAACACUAUAAAGUGAUUCUAAGAGAGAAGUGUGAAGAGGAAGCAAAAGCAGAUUUUGAAACUUGGCAUAAACAACCAGGAUUGAAAUCUCCAUCACCUUUUGGGAAACAGUUGGCUACUCUGUAUACACACACAAUAUUUAAGAAAUUUCAAAAUGAAGUUUUGGGAGUGGUUGCUUGUCAUCCAAGAAAAGAAAGUGAAGAUGGAGCGACCAUAACUUUUAGGGUUCAAGAUUUUGAAGAGAAUCAAGAUUUCAUUGUGGUAUGGAAUGAAACAACAUCAGAUAUAGCUUGUUUGUGUCGUUUAUUUGAAUUCAAUGGUUUCCUUUGUAGGCAUGUGAUGAUUGUUCUUCAAAUGUCUGGUGUACAUAGCAUUCCAUCUCAGUAUAUAUUGAAACGUUGGACAAAGGAUGCAAAGAGUAGACAAACAACAAGAGAAGGUUCAGUUGUUGAGUCUAGGGUUCAACGCUACAAUGAUCUAUGUCGACGGGCCUUUAAGUUGGGUGAUGAAGGGUCUUUAUCUCAAGAGACUUACAAUAUUGCAUUGAAUGCGCUGGAAGAAGCUUUGAGAAAGUGCGAGAGUGUAAACAACUCAAUUCAGAGUUUAAUAGAACCAAGCUCGCCUUCAACUCAUGGUCCUCAAGGCCUUGAAGAAGUGAACCAGGGUAACAGCACUAGCAACGCAAACAGAAAAAAUAGUGCAUCCAAAAAAAGACAGGUACAUCCAGAGCCAGAGGUCAUAUCAAUUGGGACCCAUGACAGCUGGCCACAAAUGGGACAUGCAAAUUUACGAGCACCAGCCCUUGAUUGUUCUUAUGAAUCACAAGAGAGAAUGCAAGGGAUGGAACAACUGCACUCAAGAGCUGCAGCCCUUGAUGGCUAUUUUAGCACACAACAACUUGUUCAGGGAAUGGGACAAUUGAACUCUAUAGCUCCUAUCCACGAUGUCCAUUACUUAGCUCAACAAAGGUUGCAUGGGAUGGGGCAGCUACAUUUCAGACCACAAACUAUUCCUAGUUGUUUUGAUGUUCAGGAUAGUUUGCAAGAUAUGGACCAGUCUAACAUGGGACCUUCACAACUGCAUGGCAUGGCAUCGAAGCAUAUUCAUCAGAAACACCUCUCUCGUUAGUUGCUAGAUUAGUAGCUGUGAUCUACUGGCCGGUGGAGAUGAAUUAUCUCUUGGAAGAGUACCAGUCAACUUGAUGUAACUACCAUUUUUUUUUCCUUUUUGCAUUUUCAGUGCAUUGAUGCAUGUUAUAAUACUAGAUGAAGUUUUUUUGUAGUUGUUGUUUGUAAUUAGAGAUGGACUUAUUUAUCUGGUUAAAUAUUUGGGGAAACAUCAUAUAAUCCAAGACACAUUGAUAUCUUGUAUAUUA